AUGUAAAUGCAAUAGAUAUAAGUUAAAACAGUUUUUUUAGGAGAUGCAAAUGUAGGUAAAAGCAGCAUUCUCUGUAGAUUUAUAGAUGAUUAGUUUGAUGAAAAUAUUUAGGCAACUUCUGGAGCUGAUUUUAAAGUUAAAUCAAUCACUUACAACAAUAAAAAAAUAGAUUUUCAUCUUUGGGAUACAGCUGGACAAGAACGCUUUCGCUCUCUUACAUAGCUAUACUAUAAAGAUGCUUCUGUGGCUUGCAUAGUUUAUGACAUAACAAAUAGGAAUUCGUUUGAAGUUUUAAAUUAUUGGUUUAAAGAGUUGAAAUAGCAUGCCAAAGAAAAUAUUAUAAAAAUUAUAAUUGGCAACAAAAUGGAUUUAAGUCAAUAAUAAUAAGUCCAAUUAGACAAGGCACAAACCAUGGCUAAAACUAACGAUGCUAUUCUCGUAUUAACAAGUGCAAGAGAAGGAACAGGAGUUCAAGAAGUCUUUUAAAAGAUAGCAGUUUAAAUAGAGUAAUCACAAUCUGAGCAAAUUAAAUAAAAGCAAGCCACAAAAAUUAUGAAGCCUUAAGAAUAAAAAAAACCAUCCUGUUGCUGA